CCUGCCCUGGGGUGUCCCCCCACCUGCCCUGGGGUGACCCCCCCUCCCCUGGUGUCCCCCCCACCUGCCCUGGGGUGACCCCACCUGCCCUGGGGUGCUGCCAUCUGCUCCAGUGUGCCUGCUGUCUGUACCCUGGGGUGCCCCCAUCUGUCCUGGGGUGUCCCCCAUCUGCCCUAGGGUGCCUGUCUCCCUGCCUACGGUGCCUGCAUCUUCUCUAGGGUGUCCCCCAUCUGCCCUAGGGUGCUCCUCUCCCUGCCCAGGGAGCUCCUCUGACCGCCCUAGCGUGCCUCUGUGGCUUGCCACCCUGCUCUCCUGCACCUCCCUAGUGCCAGGGGGCUGCAAUCACCAUGCCUGCAACGCUGGGCCCUGCCGGCGUGAAGGCCCCAGUCCACGAGCAGAUCUCAGAGCUGCAGAAUAAGAUACAGCUCCUAGAGGGCGACCGGAAAGCUUUCUACGAGAGCUCCCAGUGGACCAUCAAGAAGAACAGGGAGUCCAUCCAGUGGCUGCGGCAGGAGAACAAAAAGCUACACAAGAAGCUGGCGGCCAUCCUGGCGGUGAGCGGCCCCCGGGGGUGGCAGGGCGCUCAGAGCCUGUGGCACGAUGGCUCCCUUCAGGGUGUGCUUCAGUUGCCCAGGAGCGGGAGAGCAGCAGCCCCCCACUCAGAGGCUUCUUUCAGAUCCAGAAAUGUGGGCGGCGUGUUGUCAUCCAUGAGCAUUGCAGCAUGGGCUGUAGCCUGGCUGAAGGACGCCGCCUCGUGCCCGGCCACGGCCCUGCUCCCAUUCAACAUCCUCCGCCCAGUCGCCAUGGCAACCAGUUGUCAUACACUCCCAUUGGCCGCCACGGCGCGGGUCGGCGGCGCUGACGGGAAGAAGUCCACCAGGCUUGACCCGGCCUCUGUGCCGUGCUCGCUUUAUUGGCUGGUUCACUUCGGCCCACAUUCCAAGUGGCGCACCAAACCGCGCUCCUUCAAUAACCGUCAGGUAUUGAGGGGGAAGGGGCGGUACUAUCCGCCACAUCCACAGAUGCCGCCCGUCCUGGGGCGGGGCGAGCACUGCACCCUCACACUGGCGUCCCCGAACGUCGCCGUUCUUUGUCUCUGGUCUCCUCGCCCAUCUUCUGCGGCGCCACCAAGCGGGGGACGGAUUGGUAUGGUGAUUUCAGCGGGAGCUGAGAUGCUGCCCGGAAAACACCCCACCCAUACGAUUUGCCCUUUCCCUCCUCCCGAGGGCGCCAUCGAGGUCAUCAACCACCGGCUCUGCGAGAAGAUCAACCGGCUCAACCACCUGAAGCACCAGGUGGAGGUGAGGAAGCGGCGGCUGGAGGAGCUGCAGCUGCAGUACGACUCCAAGGUGCAGGAGGCCUGGGGCUCCCAGGCGGUGGAGGAAGGGGAUGCGGAGGCAGCCAAGACCCUGCGCCGACUGGAGAACCAGCUGGAGAAAGCCCGGCUGAAGGUGGAGGAGGCAGAGCAUGUCACCGGCCUGUACCGCCAGCUGAAAGCUCACAUGCAGGAGGAGAGCUUGACGGCCCAGACCCAGCUGGACGCGCUGGAAGCUGAGAUCCUGCGACUGCACCAUGAGCUCCAUGGCCUGCAAGCGAUGAACACAGAGGCACAAGCCACACGGGAUGCUGCCAGGCUCAGACCCGGGGGCCGGUGCUGGCCGGUACCCACCUGCUCCGUCCCAGCUCAGACCCGGGGGCUGGUGCUGGCCGACGAGGAAGCCAGCGGCGACGAGGGCGACGUGGUGACACGGGCCGCGCUCAAGCGCCAGUCCCAGCAGCUCGUUGAGGCCAGGACCAAGCGCCGCAGCCGCCCCAAGAAGAAGGAGGCGAAGCCGUAGCCGGCCGGGCUGGGGGGCUUGGUCAGCCCCCCCCAGAGCUAGGGGGUUAAAGCCCAGCUGGCUCAAGCCCAGGGCCCUCCCCUCAAAGCCGUGCCCCCUACAGCCGGCAGCUGGGCACCCCGAUCCCAGCAACCCCCCACGGUGGCCUCUCUAGCCCCGCCGUGGGUUGGGGGCCCAGGGUUAGUGGGGCGGCAGCCCCAGCCCCACAGAGUUCCUACCCCUCGGGGGAUGGCGGGGGGCACUGUGAAGGGAAGGGCUGGGCCUAGCCAGGGACCCAAGCCGGUCGUGGGGGAUGGGGAGCUGCCCCACAGCGACCCCUCAGGGCGGGGAGCAGCAAACCUGGGCCCCCCCCGCUCCCUCCCCCCGCAGGCAGUGGGUGAAUCGUGCCCCCCAGCCUGGGCCUCUCGCACUCCCUGCUGCCUCGAGUGCUGCCCCAGAGCUUCCCCCCUCCGCGCUGGGACCCCCAAGCCCCCCGCUGACCCCUGUGUGCCGUGUGGGAUUCAAUAAAGCCCCUCGGGCGGAGCAGCCCCUGGCUUGGUGCGUGUGAUGGGCAUCCCCUCCCCUGCAAGGCAGGGGG